AUGCCGAGUAUCGAAAAAACCUGUCGUUCAACUUCCGGAUGUACAAUAACACCAAAGUAUCAUCCAAAUCUUACAAUGAAAGCGGUCGAAUGGCACGGCUCAAAAGAUAUUCGAGUUGUUGAUCGACCAAGACCGAUGAUAACUGAUCCACAAGAUGUUAUUCUCAAAGUAACAUCGACCGCUAUUUGUGGCUCUGAUUUGCAUUUGUAUCUCAAUUAUGUGCCCGGUCUUGAAAAAGGCGAUACUUUAGGUCACGAAUUCAUGGGUAUUGUUGAAGAUAUUGGUUCAGAAGUGAAAAAUCUCAAAAAAGGUGAUCGUGUCGUGACGGCAUUUGAUAUCGGUUGUGAUAGAUGUGUCUAUUGUACUGAUCACAAAUUGUUCUCGAGUUGUGACAGCACAAAUGAUUCGAAAGAACAAGAGAAAUUAUAUGGGCAUCGAACAUCAGGAAUGUUUGGCUAUUCUCAUAUUACUGGUGGUUGGGAUGGUGGUCAAGCACAAUACGUUCGUGUUCCAUUCGCCGAUAGCAAUACCUUGUUAGUACCCGACAGUUUGCCUGAUGAGAAAGUGUUGUUUCUCUCCGAUAUUCUGCCAACAGGUUGGCAUGCAACUGAGAUGGGCGAAGUAAGCAAAGGUCAAACGGUGGCUAUUUGGGGAUGUGGACCAGUAGGAAUGCUGGCCGCUCUCUCAGCACAGUACAAAAAGGCAGGACGUGUCAUUUUAAUCGACAAUGAACAAUAUCGUCUCGAUUAUGCCAAGAAACAUUUGCCCGGUAUUGAAACAAUCAAUUUUUCUAAACGUUCGACACUUGAACAACUAAAAGAAAUGGUGCCCAAUGGUCCAGAUGUGGCAAUUGAAGCAGUUGGAUUUCAUUAUUCACGCACCACAGCACACAAGGCACAAAUGCUUGUUGGUCUCGAAACGGAUCCAUCGGAAAUGUUAAACGAAAUGAUAAUGGCCGUGCGUAAAGGUGGAAUCAUUUCGAUUGUGGGUAUCUAUGUCGGCACGACCAAUGGGUUCAACAUCGGUGCGUUCAUGGAAAAAGGUCUGAGAAUGGCUGGUGGUCAAACGCCGUGUCAAAAGUAUUGGCCGAUAUUGUUACCAUUGAUAGAAAGUGGAAAACUGGACCCAAGUUUUGUGUUAACCCAUACGAUGCCACUGGAAAAAGCCCCAGAUAUGUACAAAAUAUUUGACGAGAAGAAAGAUGGUUGUGUUAAAGUGAUUCUCAAACCCAACCUUUAA